ACGAGACUAAAACAUGGCUAGCUCAAAAGUCUUUGUCAAAUCACGCCGUAUACUGCACUCGCCUGCAGAAGAACCAUCAGCGGGGACUAUCGAGAUUGACUCUGCUACUGGCAAAAUCGUCGCUGUGCACACUACGCUCUUGUCUCAAGUGCCAAAAGACGCGCACGUACAUGAUGUCGGCAACGCUGUAGUCAUGCCUGGCUUGGUCGAUGCCCAUGUUCACCUGAAUGAGCCAGGACGCACAGAGUGGGAAGGGUUCGCUACGGGCACGCAGGCUGCAGUCUCGGGCGGUGUCACAACAGUCAUUGAUAUGCCACUGAAUGCCAUCCCUCCUACUACAACCGUGGACAAUCUGCAUACGAAGUUGGCUGCCGCAAAAGGUCAAUGCUAUACUGAUGUUGGGUUCUGGGGAGGCCUCAUUCCUGAACAUGCUGAACAUUUGUUGCCGCUUAUCGAAGCUGGUGUUUGCGGAUUCAAAGGGUUCCUGAUGGAGUCUGGUGUGCCAGAGUUCCCUCACGUCCGAGCUGCAGAUGCUGAAGAGGCCAUGAAGAAGCUACAGGGUACUGGUACUCUCCUCAUGUUCCAUGCAGAGCUGUCAGAAAGCGAAGAUGUUCCCGCGACAUCCUCAAUGGAAAAGGGCUCUUACCAGGAAUUCCUUGAUUCUCGCCCCGAUCACUUCGAAGUCGCUGCCAUCUCUCAAGUGGUUGCCUUGGCGAAGAAAUACCCCGACUUGCGCAUCCACAUUGUCCAUCUUGCCUCUGCAGAAGCUCUGCCUAUUCUUCGCAAAGCGAAAGAAGAGGGUGUCCAGAUCACGGCAGAGACGUGCUUUCACUAUUUGACCUUUCAAGCGGAUCAAAUCCCAAACAACGCUACGCAGUACAAAUGCUGUCCUCCGAUUAGGACCGCAGACAACCGUGAGCACCUUUGGCAGGCAAUCAAGGACGGGUUGAUCACAUCGGUCGUCUCAGAUCACUCACCCUGUACACCUGACUUGAAACAAGGCGACUUUAUGCACGCCUGGGGAGGAGUCAGCUGCCUCGGUUUGGGACUGCAAGUAUUGUGGACAGCUGCUCGUCAGCAUGGUCUUACAAUCGGCGAUGUUUCGCGGCUGACGAGUCUGGCAACGGCACAGCAAGUGCAGAUGGCACCAAGAAAGGGCGUCUUGGCUGCAGGUAGCGAUGCGGAUCUCUGCAUCUGGGAUCCGGAGCACGAAUGGACGGUCCGAGAGGAGGAUCUUCACUUCAAGAACAAAGUGUCACCCUAUCUCGGUCGCAAGUUGCAAGGUCGGGUCCUGGAAACAUGGCUCAGGGGGAAGCCAGUAUGGACGAAUACUCAAAAGUGGACGGAACCUUCGGGCUCGGCAAUUCUGCAUGGUCGCACCGAGUCUGCAUAGCUCAAUAAAAAGGCAAGGCUAAUAGCAUUAUAGCAUGUUGCAUCAUUCAAUAUAUAC